UCCCAGCCCGACCGGCUCUUCAAACACGACACGCCCGCACCCACCCACGCCCAUGGGCUCAGCUUUUCCGAGCCCACGAGGCCGGCAACCACCAGGUGAAUAGGGACUGGGCCGGGCCAGCAGAACCAGUGACCGAACCUACAUGGACGAAGGUUCCCAACUUGACUCGGCUCAGUUAAGCCGGACUGGGUUAGGUCGGGGGCCUUGGCACUAUAGGGGGUCCACUCCUCCGCCUCCUCGUGCUGGGGGAGGUGGAGAGCGAAUCGGUCUCAAAUGGUAAGUGACGUGAACGAUGACAGUUUGGAUAUUCAAUUUCAUCUUCUUCUUAUACCUUAUAUCUUCCUCCGUUGUCCGAGCGGCUGCCUUUACUUUCACCUCAUCUCUCUCUCUCUCUCUCUCUUCUCAUACCAACUGCUCACCUUCUGGUAUAAAACUUGUAAGCCAACCAACUAUGGCCAAUCUUCUUCCCCUUCCCCACCACCCAAGCCCCUAAAUAUCUUCAUCCCACCUUCUUCCAUUUCCUCUCCCUCCCUCUUUCCCUCUCACUCCCUCUCUCUCUUUACUUUUGUAGUUAGGAGGUUCUGAGAAGCAAGAUGUUUUGUGAGAACGCCGGCAACUGGAACCUGAGUUUUGGGAUCCCAAUCUCCCUGGCAGAUGCGCUGCAGAACUUCCCCGCCGCAACCGCCAACGUUUACCCGUUCACUGAUUCCGAUUUCGUUCCCCCGUUGAGCACGGCCGUCAUCAGCGGGCCGCAGAGUAGCCUCACCGGCACCACCAACAACCACCUCACGAGUUAUUCGAGGAAGCGCGGCAGAGAGUGCUCGUACUCAUACCCUCCCGCCUGCCGGAUUCCGGCGACGCCCAACUUGGUGACCGGAGAAGUACUCUCCUUCUUGGGCGAGGAUGUCGCCCCGCAGAUUCGGCAGCAGCAGCAAGAGCUCGACCGAUUCAUUGCGCUUCAGAUCGAGAAUGUGAAGCUAGAACUCGAAGAGAAGCGGAAGAAGCACUCGAGGCGGCUGAUGGCGGUGUUGGGGGAAGCCAUAGCGAAGAAGCUGCAGCAGAAGGAGGCGGAGAUAGAAAGCAUGGGGAAGAUCAACUGCGCGCUGGAGGAGAAGGUGAGGGCGCUGUGCGUCGAGAACCAGAUAUGGCAGAACCUGGCGAGGAGCACGGAGGCGACGGCGAACGCCCUGAAGGGCAACCUGGAGCAGGCGCUGGCGCGGGUCAGCGAGGGGCGGGGCGACAGCGAGGAGGACGCCGGGGCCGCGGAGUCGUGCUGCUGCGACGGCGCCGAAGGGGGGAAGAGGCGGAAGGAGGCCGGGCGGGAAGAGGAAGGAGAGAGUCGGAGGGAGAAGGGAUGCUGGUCGGCGUGCAGGCGGUGCGGGGAGGGGGCGCCGACGGUGCUGCUGCUGCCGUGCCGGCACCUCUGCCUCUGCGGCGCCUGCUCCCCGGCGGUCGACGCGUGCCCUAUCUGUAAAUGCACCAAGAGCGCCACUGUACAGGUCUACUUGUCAUGAGCUACCCAUGUCGAUGUUGAUGUUCCCCUUCAACCACAUGCAUGGAUGGUAUUAUGGAAUGAAUGAUACUGUAGAAAAAUCAUAGUAAACCAAAAAAGUAUACAUAUUCCUUUCAUUCAUUUUAAA